GCCGGGCGCUGGGCGCCCCCGUGCCGCUCGCGGAGCCUACGAGCAGCGAGACGCGGCGGGCGCCAUUUCAGGGAGCAGCCGCCGCGGCCGGAGCCGGGGCCCAGCCCGGGUCUGGGGACUGCCCGCCACGGUCGCGCCGCCCCUCGCCGCCUGCCGCCCCGCGGCUGGCUGAGCGGCGCCGUCCGCCUGACCCCCGGCUGCCCGGAGAGGGCUCCCGAUCGCUCGGGCCCAUCCCCCACCGUCAACGCAGCCAGCGCCGGAACCGGGAGCCGCCGCCGCCGGGCCCCGGACGCCCGAACGAGGACCGCAUCUGCCCGCGGCGCAGGUGUCCUGAAAAAUGGCUGAUGAUAUUGAUAUUGAAGCAAUGCUUGAAGCUCCUUACAAGAAGGAUGAGAACAAAUUGAGCAGUGCCAAUGGCCACGAAGAACGAAGCAAGAAGAGAAAAAAGAGCAAGAGCCGAAGUCGAAGUCAUGACAGAAAGAGGAGCCGAAGCAAGGAACGCAAGCGGAGCCGAGACCGGGAAAGAAAAAAGAGCAGAAGCCGGGAAAGGAAACGGAGCAGAAGCAAAGAACGCAGACGUCGUUCUAGAAGUAGAGACCGCAGAUUCAGAGGCCGCUAUAGAAGUCCCUAUUCUGGUCCAAAAUUCAACAGUGCCAUCAGAGGGAAGAUUGGUCUGCCUCACAGCAUCAAAUUAAGCAGACGACGAUCCAGAAGCAAAAGUCCUUUCAGAAAAGACAAGAGCCCUGUUAGAGAACCUAUUGAUAAUCUUACCCCUGAAGAGAGGGAUGCUCGAACAGUAUUCUGCAUGCAACUAGCUGCAAGAAUUCGACCAAGAGAUUUGGAAGAAUUUUUCUCUACAGUAGGGAAGGUUCGUGAUGUGCGAAUGAUUUCUGAUAGAAAUUCCAGGCUCAAAGGAAUUGCUUAUGUAGAAUUUGUUGAUGUUAGUUCAGUACCUCUGGCAAUAGGACUAACUGGACAGAGUCUUGGUGUACCAAUUAUAGUACAAGCAUCACAGGCAGAGAAAAACAGAGCAGCAGCAAUGGCAAAUAAUUUGCAGAAGGGCAGUGCUGGUCCUAUGAGGCUAUACGUAGGAUCGUUACUCAACAUAACUGAAGAUAUGCUUAGAGGAAUUUUUGAGCCAUUUGGCAGGAUUGAAAGCAUUCAGCUGAUGAUGGAUAGUGAAACUGGACGUUCAAAAGGAUAUGGAUUUAUUACGUUCUCAGACUCUGAGUGUGCCAAAAAGGCUUUGGAACAACUCAAUGGAUUUGAGCUGGCUGGUAGGCCAAUGAAAGUUGGGCAUGUAACUGAGCGCACUGAUGCUUCCAGUGCUAGCUCAUUUUUGGACAGUGAUGAGUUGGAACGGACUGGAAUUGAUUUGGGAACAACUGGUCGCCUUCAGCUGAUGGCAAGGCUUGCAGAGGGUACUGGUUUGCAGAUUCCCCCAGCUGCACAGCAGGCUCUGCAGAUGAGUGGAUCAUUGGCAUUUGGAGCUGUGGCAGAUUUGCAAACAAGACUUUCUCAGCAGAAUGAAGUUUUGGCUGCAGCUGCUUCUGUACAACCACUUGCAACACAGUGCUUCCAGCUUUCCAACAUGUUUAAUCCUCAAACUGAAGAAGAAGCUGGCUGGGAUACGGAAAUUAAAGAUGAUGUGAUUGAGGAAUGUAACAAACAUGGAGGAGUUAUCCAUAUCUACGUAGACAAAAAUUCAGCUCAGGGCAAUGUGUAUGUCAAAUGUCCUUCAAUUGCUGCUGCCAUUGCAGCUGUAAAUGCAUUGCAUGGGAGGUGGUUUGCAGGUAAAAUGAUUACAGCAGCUUAUGUACCUCUUCCAACAUACCAUAGCCUUUUCCCAGAUUCUAUGACUGCAACCCAACUACUGGUUCCUGUUCGACGAUGAAGAUGGAUUUAGUCAGUUUUGUACAUAGUUAUUUUUUGGAGGAAGAUUGAGUUAUCUUUUAUUUAGAUAAAACUAAAGGAAAGGAUUUAAUGUCAUUUUGUGUACACUUCCUGCUACCUUUAAAAAUAAAAUGAAGUAAGCAGAAAUGCAGUGUGUUCAUUCUCCCUAACUAGCAUUUCCACUGUAUACAAAGCUGUUGACUUCUUGUUCUGCCUUGUAAUUCUUGUACAUUUACUAAGGUGAUCUGUAGGAACUGAGAAGUAGCUCAUAGAAAACAUUCUCUGUAAAAGGCAGAUGGGACAUAAUGACAUUUUUAAUGUUUCACAAGCCUUUCUUUUAAUGCAGCAAUUACAUUUUACAUUUCACUAAAUGUAGGUGGUCUGCUAAAGGUUAAUAUCGGAGAUAGACUUUAUGAAGGGACAUAUUUAGUGUUGUGUAUAAAUGGAGAAUUCAAAAGGCUACUGAAAGCUGAUUCCAGUCAGCCACUCAGCUUGCUUUGUGCUGAAUAAUUGGUAAGAAUAGAAAGAUUGAAGGGUUUUAUUUCUUGAUGGUAACUUUUGAUUAAUGUAUCUGUAAAAGUUUCUUUGUAAAUACUGUGUGAGGUGUGUCUAAGUUUCCAAACAAAACGAUCUCUGCAUUUCCAGAUAAGUUUCUGUGUAUGCAGUGUAGCACAGUUGAAGGAUUUCAGCAGAGUCUGAAAAUCAGCAGGAAAUACAGAAACAUGUUUUGUUCUGGUUGCAUAUAAUCUUUGCUCUUUUUAAGCUCUGUGAGCUCUGAAAUAUAUUUUUGGGUUACUUCAGUGUGUUUGACAGGACAGCUUGAUAUUUCUAUCAAACAAAGACUUUCAUAUUGCAACAAUCUUUGUAAGAACCACUCAAAUAAAAUUCUCUUAAAAAGGC